UGGAAAGCAGUGGGGUUGGGGUCUGGGGGGCUGGGGGUGGGGGAAGCGAUACUUUGUGGGCGUCGCACUGCGACCUUGGGCCUCGCAGAGGGCAGGGCUGGAUUCCUGCCGAGACAUGUGGCCUGGAGUGACGGGCACAGCUGGGCGCAGUUGCUAAAGAAGACAUUCCUCUGGCUGGGAGAAGGAGCCACUCCGCGCCGCGCCAUGCCAACGCCUCCAGCCCCGGUGAGCACCGGCUUUCCAGGCGGGUCGCACUCAGGCCUGGUUUGGAGGAAGCCGUCCCCUUAAUUCCUCCGACGGGCCAUGAGCCAGUCGGCCUCCUCUCUGAGCUCGGCCACCUGGAGUUUCGCCGGCUUCCUUGUGGAAGCACCGUGAUUGUCCAGACCUCUCUGCUAAUUCCUGAACGCUAGAUCUGGUUUCUCUGUCGCCCUUGAGCUGAAUGAGUGGGAUUUGUGCUUUCCUGACAAAGCUGUGGCAAGAGCUCUUUAUUUUCUUUCAGCUGUGGAGUUCCCUAAGGCAAUAUCGGGCUGAACCCUGCUCCCUAGUGUCUGCGUUUCUUUCCACGCCGCAAGUGGAUGAGUAUUUUUAUGAGGCAGUUUGGAGCAGACAUGGGCCAGGACCAAACCAAGCAGCAGAUCGAGAAGGGCCUUCACCUGUACCAGACCAACCAGACUGACAAAGCGCUGCAGGUGUGGCUGAAGGUUCUGGAGAAGACCUCUGACCCAGGAGGGAAGUUUAGGGUUCUGGGCUGUCUUAUCACGGCCCACUCCGAGAUGGGCAAAUACAAAGAGAUGCUGAAGUACGCUCUGGCCCAGAUCGACACGGCCCGGGAGAUGGAGGACCCGGACUACCUCACUGAAGGCUACCUCAACCUCGCGCGGAGCAACGAGAAGCUGUGCGACUUCCAGAAGACCGUCUCGUACUGCAAGACCUGCCUGAACAUGCAGGGCACCACCAUCAGCCUGCAGCUGAACGGCCAGGUGUGCCUCAGCAUGGGCAACGCCUUCCUGGGCCUCAGCGUGUUCCAGAAGGCCCUGGAGAGCUACGAGAAGGCGCUGCGCUACGCCCACAACAACGACGACAAGAUGCUGGAGUGUCGAGUCUGCUGCAGCCUGGGUGGGCUCUCUCCCCUCCCGCAGGACUACGAGAAAGCCCUGUUCUUCCCGUGCAAAGCGGCGGAGCUGGUGAACGAUUACGGCAAGGGCUGGAGCCUGAAGUACCGGGCCAUGAGCCAGUACCACAUGGCCGUCGCCUACAGGAAACUGGGCCGCCUCCCGGACGCCAUGGAGUGCUGUGAGGUAGGGGUCCGCGCGGCCGCGCAGCACAGCGACCGCCCCCUGCAGGCCCUCUGCCUGCUGAACUUCGCCGACAUUCACAGGAGCCGGAGCAAUGUGGAGAAAGCAUUCCCUCGUUACGAGUCCUCGAUGUGCAUCAUGACAGAAAUUGGCAAUCGCCUGGGACAGGCGCACAUCUAUCUGGGCGUGGCAAAGUGCUGGCUUCUGCAGAAGGACCUGGACAAGGCUCUUGAUGCUCUUCAGAGGGCUCAGGAACUUUCAGAAGGAGUGGGGAACAAGCUCUGCGUCCUGAAGGUGCACUGCCUCAGCGAGAGGAUAUUCCGCUCCCGGGAGCAGCAGGAGCAGCUGCGGGAGCAGGUGGUGAAGUUCCUGGAGUGCGUGGAGGAGCUGGAGCUCUACUGCGGCAUGUGUGGCGAGUCCAUCGGGGAGAGGAACCAGCAGCUGCAGGCCCUGCCCUGCUCCCACGUCUUCCACUUGAAGUGUUUGCAGUCGAACGGGACGAAGGGCUGUCCGAGAUGCCGGCGCUCCUCCGUGAAGCCCGGGUUCGUGUGAGCGGAGAGGGAAGCCCCUUCGUUUGGGUUCAGGACAACACUGACGCCCUCCACUCCCCGUCCCACAACCCCCCAAAAGAGGGCGCCAGGCGGGGAAGGCACUGCUGUCUGGGCCGAGGCAGCGAGGGCACCAGGACACUCCUGGAGACGCGCGUAAAGACGGACGGCUCUCAAACGGGGAUCGCAAGCGUAACGAGGCCGAGCGACAGCUCGGUGCUGGAAACUCAUUUCGUUACUGUCCCCUUCUUUUUAUUUUAUACCAGGAAAAAAAUCAAGCUGGUGAAAAAAAGGACAUGAAUUUUUGGAUUUCGUUCUUUGUUUUUCAGAAGCGCCGUCUUGAAAAGGGACGGCGUCUUUCUUCUUGUGUCUUUAUUUGGAGCGUUUCCGCGGACAGCCGCGCUCACAGGAAUGGAGGGAGGGGGCUCGUUUCUGACAGCUGUCAGGCUAUCUGCAAAUGAGAACUCCCAAACUCUGGGUUUGGUGCGGGGGCAUUCAAUUGGAAGAGCAGAGAGAUGAUUCACUGAUGGCUAAGAUAACUGUUUCCCAGAAGACAUGCUCUGGAUCACCUUUAACUUUAGUGGAUUUUUUUUAAUUAUUCUGUCAUUACAUGCAAGUUCCCUUCUUCAGCUGUUGUGCCUCCUUUUGUGUUGGUGCUGUUGUGUAAUUAUAUGCUGUAUAUAUUAUACUAUGCUUGGGAGCCUAUAAGCCACUGGGUUUUGCAUUGACUAGCAGGACAAAUUGCAAAAACGUGUGUUUUCCCUCCCCCACAGUGGAACAAUCGAGCAAGCAAUUUGCACCUCUCUAUCUCUGUUGAAACAGUGAACAUUAUCAGCACUCUGCUGGUUCUCACCCAGUGGUAUUAUUAUUCUUUUCUCAUUAAAUACCUCCACAUACUACUGAAGAGAUAUCGGCUUUGGAGAGGUCAAUCUGAUAGUGGUAUAUUCAGUAUAAAGAACACAAGGAAGGCAAAUGAUUAAGGGUUAGAGUGCAGUGUGCGCAGUGAGCUUUGCAAUGAAGUGUUGGUUUUGAGACGAACUUUUUACAUUUCCUUCCUCUCAACCAAAUGCUCUCCUUGGCUCGUCUGCAAAUGUGCCUGAACAGCAACACCUUUUUAUUCAGAGACUUUUUUUAAGCAGACAUGUAAAGUACUAGUGAAUUCACAAAUUUGCUUUAUAGUCAUCAUGUACAAUGUUUCAUAUAUGUUACAACAGACAAAAUACACUAUUGUAAGGCUUAAAUGUAUGUUUUGACUUUUGGCUAGAAUUAGUACGGUGGAGUUGUUUUUUUAAUUUUAAUAUGAAAUAUGCUGUUUUUCUAUAAUUUGUUGUCCAUUAUUUUCAAUGACUGGUAUUGAUAUACAUGAUGUUUUCAUAUUUCUAGUUUGUAUUUCUCUAUAGUUAAUUCAUUAUUAUAUUCUCAAUGAGAUCAAUCAUUUCUCAGUCUUCAUUUUUUUAGAAUUUGUUGUUUAAUGCCGUUCACUGAAUUUCAGCUCAGCUCCUUAAAGCUACCGAUCUUUAAUCAUUGGACAAAAGAUUCAAUCACUUAGCUCAUAUGAUGGAUUUUCACAUUUUUGUCAUCUUCGACUGAAUUGUUCCUUCAUCAGAGUUAUUCAGAACUAUGUCAAAUCAACACCUUCAAGCUUCCACUCAGAACGACCAAACUGUUUGUUUUUUCUGCAGCAUGUCAAAAAUAUAAAAAUCACUUUUUUGGAG